CUCGCACAUCACAAGAAGGACACUCUCCACCAGCCAGCCAGAGCCAGUAGCCACCACCAGAUCGGCCUCCCCGUUGCUCAUCACCAGCAAGAGCAACUCAGCAACCUAGCUAGCUAUAGGUUUAGGUAGCAAGAGCCAAUGGACUCCAGCUUCCUCCCUGCCGGCGCGGACAAUGGCUCGGCGGGCGGCGCCAACAAUGGCGGCGGCGCUGCUCAGCAGGCGCCGCCGAUCCGCGAGCAGGACCGGCUGAUGCCGAUCGCGAACGUCAUCCGCAUCAUGCGGCGCGUGCUGCCGGCGCACGCCAAGAUCUCGGACGACGCCAAGGAGACGAUCCAGGAGUGCGUGUCGGAGUACAUCAGCUUCAUCACGGGGGAGGCCAACGAGCGGUGCCAGCGGGAGCAGCGCAAGACCAUCACCGCCGAGGACGUGCUGUGGGCCAUGAGCCGCCUCGGCUUCGACGACUACGUCGAGCCGCUCAGCGUCUACCUCCACCGCUACCGCGAGUUCGAGGGCGAGGCGCGGGGCGUCGGCCUCGCCCCGGCCCCUCCGCGCGGCGACCACCACCACCACCACCACUCCGUGCCGCCAUCGAUGCUCAACAAGUCCCGCGGGCCCGGCUCCGGAGCCGUCAUGCUACCGCACCACCACCACCACGACAUGCACGCCUCCAUGUACGGGGGCGCCGUGCCCCCGCCGCCGCACCACGGCUUCCUCAUGCCACACCCACAGGGCGGCCACUACCUGCCUUACCCCUACGAGCCCACGUCGUACGGCGGCGAGCACGCCUUGGCCAGCGGGUACUAUGGAGGGGCCGCGUACGCGCCGGGCAACAACGGCGGGAGCGGCGAUGGCAGCGGCGGGAGCGCGUCGCACGCACCGCCGGGCGGCAGCGGCGGCGGCUUCGACCACCCGCACACGUUCGCGUACAAGUAGUUCGUUCAGCAAGCCAUAGAUCUGCGGCAUGUACGUUGUACGCAUGCAUGCAUGUAUCGGGCGCAUGCAGGUCGUCCUAGCUAGCAGUGUGCACGCCUAGCAUUCCUAUUGUGUUUGGGUAACCAUGCAUUCUCUAGUUUCUUAGCAGCUUGUUUUCCUUAAACUACGUACCACUCUCUAGUUUCUUAGAAGUAGCUUCCAGUGCUUGUUGCCAGUACUUAGUACUCCUAUUGUGUUUGGGUAACCGUUGCGACGACGAGAUUAUUUCAUGUAUGCUUUCAGAUUGA